AUGUGUGAAUUGGGAAUUCCUGUUCGUUCAUCCGUGGCACAGCAGGGCAGCGCUUCCUCGCCUUCCUCGGUCUUGUAUCAAGCAGCAGCUGCCUCAGCAGGUGCAGCACUGGGUGUUGCUGCCGUGCUGGCGGCUGCUGCUCCCAGAUCCGAUGACCGCCGGCGCCGUGUGUAUCGCGAGGCUAGCCCAGAUUCCUACGCAAGAGGGACAGCGAUGCUAGCCACAGUGGCAGCGCUUGGUGCCACAGCAGGAUCAAGUUUGGCUUCAGCCCUGGGCCAGUCACCUGCUCAGGCUGCCCAAGCCCCGGUUGCAACACCCUUCGCUUCUGCCCAGCCCCGACCCGGAACUGGCAGACCACACCCGCCGUCACAGCCCGCACAGGCGGGCCAAGGCGAGGCGGUGCGUAGCCCAUACCCGACAUCACCGCCCGCACAGACAGGUGCAGAGACAGAGAGCACGGCAUGGUGGACGGUCCUUUCUGCUGACGACGAAGAUGUUUCCCCGCCAGUGUCACCUCCACCUUCAACGACUGCAG